ACCGGUCGUCGCUGUUGCCGGUAACCGGUACUUUGCGUCCGUCGACUUCUCGAGAGUCGAUUCUGGAUUUGUCAAGUGUUAGUUCGCAGUUGCGCUCCUGCGAAGUCGGUCUCCUGUUGAUAAAAAUAACAUUCGCUUUUGCCGUCUUUCAACACGAGUGGUCGGCGUCCCCCGCCCGCCCAGCCGUAACAACAUCGUUACCGCCGUAUUACGAUAUACUCGUUUUUAACGGACAAACGGGACCCGUUCUCUGUAUGAGUUUUCUCGUACCGGACCGAAUAUUUUACGGUAACGAAAAUCGCAAUCGUACAUCGUGUGAUCAUUUUCCGACUUGCUACAAUUUGUUUUGUUUCCUUUUUUUUUUUUUUUUUUUGGCGGCAAAUCCAUCGCAUCACCGUCAGAAGUUUAAAGAAAAUCCAUACAAAUAGAACUGAUAGAGGAUUUAAUUGGAUAAAUAAAAAUGGAGACACCGCCUUUUAAUCCAGAGCCAACUCGGAUGAUGACCAGAAGUGUUUUAGCUGAAAUACCAACUAGACUUGGACGAUUAUCCAUGACAGACCCCAAUAAUGGUUUGGGCCGAAAUGACCACCACCUCAAUAUAAUGAAUACCACUAUAAGUAACUUGCCAACAUCAAUGAUGACGCCAUCCCCUAGUCCCGAUGAAUUAAUCAUCCAACAAAGGGGACGUCGUAAAAUACCAGUUACUUUUAGUCCUGACAUUGAUUCCAUCAAACAGAAUAAUCAAGAAACUCCAACAAAAUCUGGUUGUUCUAAUUUUAUCAAGAGUUCAAUCGUUUUAAGAAGUACUCCUCGCAAAAGAUUACUGUUAAAUGAUCCACUGGAAUUAUCAUCUCCAGACAAAUAUAAAAUUGGCUCUCCCAGUUGUAAAAAAUUACGUACUGAUGUAGCAGUUGAACUUCCAGAAGAUAAUUGUCUAUUAUCUGCUUUAAAAUCAUUGUCUCCAGAUCAGCUGAUUGGUAUAAUCGGACAGAUUGUUAUUGAUCAUCCGAGUAUUGAAAAGGAAAUUAGAUCACACUUUCCUGUGGCAGACUUAAAACCCCUUGAAGAACGGAUUUAUUACUUACGACGUAAUAUCUAUAAGGCUUUACCAAGUAGCCGAUUGAUUUCAAAAACUGAUCCAACUGCCUAUAAUAGAGUCUCAACCCAUGUCUUAGCAUUCAAGAAAUGUGUUGUUGAUCAAGGCAGACGCUUGGUUGAAAGCAAUCAGUGGCCAAUCGUUAUGGACUAUGUGUUCAUGGCAUGGAAGCAUGUCCGUAAUACUCCUAUAUGGGACAAUCCUGCCCACAAUGCUGCACGCAGACAGUGUUUCAAAUCACUAUCAGCUCAGUGUAUGACUGCCCUCAAACAUAUGAAGGACACUAUGAACCAGCAAAUCUGUGACAACUAUACAAACCAAUUGAAGCUAUUAGUUGAUGACAGCGAAGACAUGGAAUGGUGUUUACAUUUCCUGAAUAUUCAUGAAUGACCGCAUUGGGGUUUAGUAUUCUCUAUUAUUCUUUUCUAUUUUUUCCAUCUAUCGGCAAAGACAUUUGAAGUUGAUGGUUAAUAUUUUGACUGUAGGAAACUAUUUAGCUAUACAUACUAUGUAACGUCGCGUUAAUUUAAAAUAUUAGUAAAUUUAUUUUAAUUGUAUACAAAAAUUGAAUGUUUUCAACUUAUAUGUGAUUAAUAUGGUGUAUUGUGUUUUAUUUUUGAAAACCCGGUAAUUGUAAUAAUUUUGUUAACAAACUCACCCUAUUUUUUUUCUUCACCAAUUGUUGAAAUUGCACCAUCACCAUCAAACUACUAAAUGUUUUUUUUUAUUAGGAUUUAUCUGUUUUUAUUACCUAUUAUUUAUUUCAUGCACCAUUGUCAUUUUUUUUUUCUA